AUGGCUCUAGGGGUCCCCACCUAUAAGAUCAUUCUCUGCGGAGAAUAUGGUGUGGGGAAAAGCUCCAUUUUCCGCCGUUUUCUGGACAACAGCUUCACUGUUAGAUCUGAUCGCCGGUCAACAGUAGGACUUGACCAGUGCUCACGGACUUUCAGUGUUAACAGCACUGAUGUUAAGCUAUUGCUAUGGGACACAGGAGGUAUGGAGCGGAUGAGUUUCAUUGGCGCGAGCUAUUAUCGCGGAGCGCAUGCAGCGUUGCUAUGUUACAGCAUAGCCAAUCGAGAGACAUUUAGUUUCCUCUCUCAGUAUGUAUUGGACAUUGUGAUGAAUGCAGAAGGGGCCAAGAUAUUUCUGUGUGGGAACAUGGCGGAUUGCAGGGGAGAUAACUCUGUGUCUGACUCAGAAAUUGAGGUUUUUGUGCGCGAAUGUGGAGAUGUUUUGUCAGGGGUGUAUGAAAUCUCGUGUAAAGACAAUAGUGGCGUCAUGGAAAUGUUCAUGGAUAUUGCUAAAAUCCUCCACAAGGACUUCGAGACCAGAAUGACGUUACGAGAGGGGUUGUAUUACAAGUCCCAACCUCUAACAAAGAUGACGUCAUAAAAAAGAAGCAAAAGUGUAACAACUGUAAGAUUUGAUGCACAUGUCCAAAUUUUAAUUUUGAUCGUAUAGAUUUUAGUUUGCAUAGGAAAAUGUAUAUUUUUAUAUUUUCAUAAGCUAUGCAUGCUAAUCGUGCACGUUUUUUUUUAUGUUUUUGGAUACUAUAUACGUAUAUACUUGUGCCUUUCUCAGUUGUUUUGACAAAUGCCAUUUUUAAUAUUUUAUCAUAACUCACAGCUGCUGAACAAUAUUAGUGUUUUUAAAAUGACCUUAGUUUUGAGGCAUUUUUAGCAUGACAUAAUAUCUGCAGUUGGAUAAGGUUUUAACAUUCAUGACUAUUGGACUGACCACAAAUAAGAUCACUAAAUAGACCAUUUAAAAUUAUGCAUAGAUAUAUUUUCAUUUAUUUUUUUUUUGUUAUUCUUGUGAAAAAGGCGCUAAAAAAUUUGAAUUCUAAGGUGGGCUGUAUGGACCAUACUAUCAGGGGUUAGAAACUCUGACGUCACAGGUUUCAUCCAACUCUUAUCACAACACUGAACGUUUGGACUAACUCUUUUUACCUAUGAGUGAAAGAUUACUGAAAUAAUGUUCCCAACUAUCCCUCCCUUCUGGUGAAGAUAUGGAAAAUCUUGUAACAUUCCUAGAUAUCGUCAGUAUGGCCCACCAUAGUAUUCAAAUAUUUGAAUGCCUUUCAACACUCCUACAAGAAGUCUUAAAAAAUAAAUGAAAGUAUUUUUACACAUAGUUUGCUGUUGUCUGUAUGACGAACCCUACUUCAUAAUUUAGCUUUCUCUUAUUUGAGCAAAUUUAAAUGCUAUCAGAAUUUUAGGUUUUGUGAGACUUAAUUUAAGAUAAACGAAACACACAGCUCAAAAUAAAGAUGGAAUUAUACAUAAUAAUGAAUGGCUUUGAACAAAAAGUGUUUUGUAUAAACGUGGUUCCUAAAAGUGCUAUUGUUAUUCUAGUCAAAUGAAAAACAUUCACAAAUAUCUUGGACUUCUGAAAUUUUGAAGCUUGGUAUUAGUGCCAGGCAGUGAAGUUGUAUAAAGUUGCAGGCUUAUUCAAUGAAGUAAUACUUAACUUUUGUAUGAUUUGAAAAAUAGCAGUGGUUAAAUUGUUGGAGCUGCAGAAUUAAUGCAGGCUUGCAUUGUCAAAUUAAAAUACAAAACUGUGCAUUCAUGCAGGCAUUUGUUGGGUUAAUAUAGAACUUGACUGACCAGCAUAACAAGAGUGGAAGGAAUUAUUAAUUAUAAAUAAGAAUGGAAAUGCAUAGAAAGUCUAUAGGAAGUCUAGGUGCCAACAAACAAACUUUGGUAAUGUAUUCCACAUACAUUUCUGCACUAAAGUAAAUUAUGAUAAUUAAGGAUUUAGGCCUGCUUUAAAUCUUACCAUGGAAACCCCACCAACAAAAUUGACAUGUUGUCUUAAAUAUACAUAUAGUCCACAUUGCAAAUGCAGAAAGCUGUUUACAGUAAGGAUGGAAGCUCACAGUAGUUGAUUCAGUUGUUAUGUACAAAUGAAAUAUCGGUGAAAUAUUCUUGAGUACGGCAUAAAACACUAAUGAAAUAAAUAAAUGGUAUUGUUUGUACUUACCUUCCAUAUUGUGACUGUGCUAUUUAAAGUAGGAAAAGAAUCCUGAAAUUGUGAUUGUCAUUAAUAAUGACAAACAAUUUUAUGAAGUCAUCAGCAGCUAGCCUCCUGACAUAUACAAUGGAUAUAUUUUGAUUAUUACUAGUAAAUCCUUUUGUCAUACUGUUUAAUGUUUUCACCACAGUAUGGCUGAAAUACUGAUGACAGGCCUAUCCGUCGAUAUAAUCGUGCGUUCAUUGACUCAUUCAACCUUUUUUUCUAACGUGUAAAUUUUAAUUGCAUGCAAUUUAUGCAGUUUGAUUGAAUAAUGCUGUUUUCAAAAUAUGCAUGACUUUGCAUUAUUGCUUCGACAAUCAUACAGUUAAGUAGCAGAAAAGGAUAGGACCUUUCACAUGACCUUCAUGUACGUGCAUAGCUUAAGUCACUUGCAUGAUGAAUAAUUCGUAUGGUGAUGAUUCCUCAAUGACCAUGUCAUGGAGAAAUGAACAAAAUGACCGUUGCUUGCUGACCUGAAAAAGUUCCUGCAUAAUAUUUGAUGAUUCAGUGAACAUGCAUCUGGCAGUGUACAGUAAUAUGUGUGCGUGCACUGAUGGUCCAAUAUGAAAUGGCUAAAACUGAAGCAUUACAGCUUAUGAAUGGAUAAGCUUUAUACAAGUAUUGCCUAAAGACAUUUCAAAGAAUAUAAGUAAUAUUUGUAAAAUAAAAUAACUGUGUUAAUUUUUUUUUUCUUGAAGGGUAAAACAAUGCAUGUUAACAUAGGUCUGGUUUAAGAAAUGUUUCUCACUGUAAAUAUGUGUAUCUUAUAUUUUUUUUGAAAGAGAAAGAAAUCAGAUUUUUCUGAUGGAUGGAUUAAUGUAUUACAAGAUGGACCAAAUCUUCAUACAUGAAUGCAUAGUUUAAUUGUGAUCAUUUUGACCAAAAACUGUUAACUUUUGUCUCCUAAUGUCUGCCAUAAUAAUGUGACAAGGUUUUACCUUAAACUCAGUAAGUACAUGUGUACACGGAUGUUAUAGCCUCUGAUAUUCAUCUUAUACAUUGUUUAUAUAUUUAAUCACCAUAUUCACAUAACUGUUUGCUGUGUUUGAUUAUUUUUACCAGUAGCUGAAACAUUUUUAGAGGUUCUUGAAUUUUAUGGAUAAGGUUUUUAAUCAAAUAUUUUUAGGAAGCCAGCCUUAUGAACACUAUACAUUGUAAGCAUAAUACAUAUGCAUCUGUUUAGGUUCUACUUCUACUGGUUUGCUCCCUUCUUAGAUAUAACUAAAUGUUUAUUUACUCUUUUGUUUAUUACUGGAAUUCUCCUUAUUCUUAAUACAGAUCUGAGAUCAUGAUCAGCCACAAGCUAUAUUACAAUAAGAUUUAUUUUAUCUUCCUGUACUGUGUACUAAUGUUUUGUAUUUUUUUUACCUGAAGGCUAUAAGGGGUAACCCUGGUUUCCUCUCACCGUAAUCCUGGCCGUGCUCAUACAUGUAUAAGUGAAAUGGUCUGGAGUACGGCGUAAAACACCAGUUAAAUAAAUCAAAGCUGGAAGUACUCCGCUGAUUGAGUUGUAGAUUCAGUCUUUACUACGUUCCAUCAAUCUACCCUGCCACUACAACACCUAGAGAACCUGCACUGAAAACUUAACACCGACAGAUUCCUAGUCAAGAAAGUUAAAUCCCUCCCACAUUGUACACACGUUUGUUAUUGAUCAGACAUCAAUAAUAUCUGUGUAAAAGCUGCCACAAGUGGAUAUAUAUGCGGAUCUAAUAAAGUGGGUGGACAAAUUAAAUUAGGCAGAUUUGACCCUACUGUGGUUUUUUUGUUUUUUUUUUUCUAAAUUUUUUACAGGAGUGUGGUACUCACAAUGUGUUGAUGAGCGUAUUUGAAUUUCACUUUUUGCACUAUUUGACCCAAAAUUUCGUCCAUGACAAAAUUUACUCUUUUCGCCAGACUGAGAGUUCUGGUGGUG